AAUGAAGCUCACUCCAGAGCUACUGGCCCAGGCAUCCUCGCAGUUAAAUCCCGUAAAAGAGCGCCAGCUUGACCUCAGAGGAUACAAAAUCCCUGCAAUCGAAAAUCUUGGUGUCACAAGAGAUCAACAUGAUGCGAUAGAUUUCACCGACAACUCUAUCAUUACCCUGGGCAACUUGCCGUUGCUUAAACGACUGCAUACCCUUUUGCUUGCGAACAACAGGAUACAAUCCAUUUCACCUUCAAUCCACCUCUCAGUUCCAAAUCUGACGACACUCGUUCUAACAAAUAACAAUAUUUGCGAGCUUGGCGAUCUAGAGCCUCUCAAAGAACUAAAGAACCUCAAGUACCUCUCAUUGCUCGCGAAUCCUGUGAGAGAGAAAAAAUGGUAUCGCGAGUGGCUUGCCUGGAGAAUUCCUGGGCUGAGAGUUAUAGAUUUUCAGAGAAUCCGGGACAAGGAGCGUUCAGUAGCAAAAUCGCUGUUUAUGACCCCGGAGAAACUACCAACUGCACUUGCGACCACAAUAUCCACGACAGUAUCAGCACACUCGACGAAGGCGGUCAUCACAAUCGACGAACCAAAACUGGCGCCGCUGGCAGGGAAAGCUGGACGGCUGAUGUCAAAAGAGGAUCAGGACAAGGUCAGAGCUGCGAUUGCGAAGGCUACUUCUAUAGAAGAAGUGAGGAAGCUGGAGCGAAGUCUGAGGGAAGGGUAUGUGCCCGAGUUGGAGUCUGUAGGGGCAUAA